CUGGGUCGGGCCAGGCAGCAGCGGAGGAGGAAAACAUCUGGAUCGAAAGGGAAUACAAUGUCGGAUUACACGGGUCCAACUAAUCAUCUCUCCUUCUGCUGUUCACUCGGCUUUCACUUGAGAUAGAAAUAACUGCUGUACCCGAAACUCCUCCGGGUACUCUCGUGCUGCUGGGACUGAAGUUGUCACACUGGUAGCCUGACGAGCUGUCUUUGCUAUGGAUCAAUCCGUCGCAAUUCAAGAAACUUUGGAAAGGGACGAAAACUGCAUUAUAGCUGUCCAAUGUGAUGUCCUGUUUGACGACAUUACAGAGAGCAGACUGCUGGGACUGGUGGAGUCUACAAAAGAACAUGCAAUCUUUAUAUACACCCAUCGACGGAUGGCCAUUACUGCUGAUGAUGUGUCACUGGAGGACAUUUUGCCCAUCUCCUUAGAAUUUUCUGUUGUGGAGGUUUCCUCUCCAGAGGAGCUUGCAGUUGUGGGUGGUGAUACGAGGGUGAGAGUAAGUUACCAGGAAGAGGAGUUGGAGCUCAGACUUCCUUUUGGGUCUCACUCGCGGCUCUUCCUCGGAGAGGUCAACAGAGCCUGGAGUGAUGUUUGCAAGUCUCCCACUCAGCAACCUAAAUUUGAAUGGAUCAGCAAGUACCGCAAAGCCACCAAGGGCCAGGGAGUUGUCAAACAAACCCUUACUCCCCUCAGCAACACAAUUACCAAGCUGAACCAGCACCGGAAAACAGAGAAAUCCUCGGACAAAAAGGGAAAUAUAGAAAGGGAUAAAUCUUCUAACAGCACGGCCCAGAAGUCCAAAGCAUAUUCCAGCCCAGAGAGUCAAGGCAUCUCCAGCCGAGAGGACAGGGAUGACCUGGUGCGCUCCUCCAGCCACACGCCUUCUAACAAAGCUCAGAUGCUGGUCAUGCCGCAGUUCGGCUUGCGAGACAACCUCAUCAAGUGUGAGCUGCUGAAGAAUGAAGACCUUUACACUUACUUGGAAGAUUUCAGCAUUUUUCUAGGCACAUACAAUGUGAAUGGACAGGCACCGAAGGAGAGCCUCCGUCCUUGGUUGAGCUGCACCCCCAGCCCUCCUGACAUCUACUGCGUUGGUUUUCAGGAGCUUGACCUGAGCAAAGAGGCUUUCUUCUUCAAUGACACCCCUAAAGAGCUGGAGUGGACAAAGGCUGUGUCUGAGGCCUUGCACCCAGAAGCCAAGUAUGCCUUAGUUAAGUUGGUACGGCUGGUGGGCAUCAUGCUGAUCUUCUAUGUGAAGAAGGAGCAUGCUGAGUUCAUCUCUGACAUGGAGGCUGAGACUGUGGGAACCGGCAUCAUGGGAAGGAUGGGAAACAAGGGUGCAGUGGCAAUCCGUUUUCGCUUCCACAACUCUGAUGUCUGUGUUGUCAACUCUCACCUUGCUGCUCACAUUGAAGAAUACGAGAGACGUAAUCAGGACUACAGGGACAUCUGCAGUCGUCUCCAGUUUCGCCAGCUUGAUCCGACUCAGCCUCCACUCACCAUCAUGAAGCAUGAUGUGGUUUUCUGGAUUGGCGACCUCAACUACAGGAUCAGCGACCUUGAAGUUGAUAAUGUGAAGGAGCUCAUCAGUAAGAAGGACUUUGAAACAUUGCAUAAUUAUGAUCAGCUCAAGAGGCAGAUCGAUGAAGAGGCUGUAUUUGUUGGCUUUGUGGAAGGAGAGAUUGAUUUUCAGCCCACCUACAAAUACGACACCGGCUCCGACAUGUGGGAUACAAGUGAAAAAUGCCGCGUGCCUGCAUGGUGCGACCGUAUCCUGUGGAGAGGGAAGAAUAUCAAACAGCAGCAUUAUAGGAGUCACAUGGCUCUGAAGACCAGUGACCACAAGCCAGUCAGUUCUGUGCUGAUCACAGGGAUAAAGCGAGUAAAUGCUGACGACUAUAAGAAGACCUUUGAAGAGAUUGUUCGCAAUAUAGACAAAAUGGAGAAUGAGUGUAUUCCAUCUGUAACCUUGUCAAAGCAAGAGUUCCACUUUAAGGAUGUGAAAUUCAUGCAGCACCAGGCAGAGACACUGAGCCUCUUCAAUGAUGGGCAGGUCCCAUGUCAAUUUGAGUUUAUCCAGAAGCCAAAUGAGCCCACAUACUGCAAGCCCUGGCUCACUGCCAACCCCCCAAAAGGCUUUAUCGCUCAGGGUGGGACUGUGGACAUAGACCUUGAGGUGUUUGUAAACCGUUCGACAGCACCUGAUCUUAACUCCGGAAAGGAGCAGAUUGAAGACAUUCUUGUGCUUCACCUGGAGCGUGGUAAAGACUAUUUCAUCUCCGUGGCGGGAAACUACAUGCCAAGCUGCUACGGCACAUCCAUCCGUUCAUUGUGUCACCUGAAGGAGCCUAUCCAAGACAUGCCGCAAGAGACCCUCCAAGAACUGGCGGAAAUGUCUGGAGAUGAGGAUGCAGCAAAGGCUGUGAAUACAGAAAAAACGGAGAAACCUCUAGACAUUCCUAAAGAGCUGUGGAUGAUGGUGGAUCACUUGUUCCGCAAUGCAAUCAAACAGGAAGACAUAUUUCAGCAACCUGGGCUCCGGAGUGAAUUUGCAGAAAUAAGGGAUUGCCUUGACACUGGCAUGCCAGAUUCUCUGCCGGGAAGCAACCACUCAGUUGCAGAAGCCUUGCUUCUCUUUCUAGAUGCCCUACCAGAGCCUGUCGUUCCCUAUUCUUUUUACCAGCAGUGCCUAGAAAGCUGUUCCAAUGCCAGUCUGUGUGAAAAAGUUAUUUCCUUGCUACCUCAGUGCCAUCAAAAUGUGUUCAACUAUUUAGCUGCCUUUCUCCGUGAGCUGUUGAAGAAUUCUGCCAGCAAUCGGUUAGAUGUCAACAUCUUAGCCACCAUUUUUGCCUCCCUGCUCCUGAGGUCCCCAACAAAACAAGAUCUUGCAGAAAAGAGGAAGACUCAGGAGUUCUUUCAGCACUUCCUGACCCCAGGCUCCUCCUAGAUGGAGGACCCCCUCCCCCCGUUUUCCAUCAUGCUGAAGCUGAACACUAAAAAACUGUACAGUCCAGUAUUUGAAAUAAACUUAAGAUUUCAUAUGUUCUUAGAUGGCUCUUCAUAAAGAUAUAGAAAAUAAUUAUCGUAAGGGACAAUUCUUACCUGAUAUUUGAUUGUUUCAAAGAAAUGUUUGUAAUCUAUUGAUGCACAGAGUUUAUUGUAUAUUGUUGAACAUCUGUAGUGUCCUAACAAGUUUUUAAUGUAUGUAUAUUUUAUUUAAACAAAUAAUUUGUACAUGAAUGUUUCUGAUUGCAACAAGAUAUCAUUUUAUAUAUAAAACUGUUGGAAAAA